CUCAAAAUUGUUGAUAGUCUUUCACUUUGUCACUCUGUGAAUUUCAUUCUUAUUCUUUCUUCUUCUCGUUAAUUUCAACUCAAUUUUAAUUACUAAUCAUGUCUGGACGUGGUAAAGGAGGUAAAGGUCUUGGAAAAGGUGGUGCCAAGCGUCAUCGAAAAGUUUUACGUGAUAAUAUCCAAGGAAUCACCAAACCAGCCAUUCGUCGUUUGGCAAGAAGAGGUGGUGUUAAGCGUAUCUCUGGAUUAAUCUACGAGGAGACCCGAGGUGUACUUAAGGUUUUCUUGGAAAAUGUUAUCCGAGAUGCUGUCACAUACACUGAGCACGCCAAGAGAAAGACAGUAACAGCCAUGGAUGUUGUCUAUGCCCUGAAACGUCAAGGAAGAACCUUGUAUGGUUUUGGAGGUUAAGCUCUUGGUUAACAUCAUCUCAUCUCAACCUUUCCCACCUCAUUUCAUCUUUCAUUUAUUCCCCAUCCUCUUCAUCAUCAUUAAUAACCAAAAACGGCCCUUUUCAGGGCCAAUUACAUUUUUACGUGAAGAGUUUUUUGUUUAACCUAUUUAUUUGAUGUAAUUCAUCUGAGACAAUUCACAGAGACUGGAUUUUACUCAUUCAAUAAUUGAAUCUUUUAAAGUGAAAUUAAAUUAAGUGUUUAUUAAAUAUAUAAAA